CCCUUUCACCCUUCAUCACAACCGCCACCCUUCAGCAGCUUCAGCUAAACGCCUUCAACCGUUCAUACGGUCCGCCGCUCACCGGAUUACACCAAUAUAUGGCUCAAAGUACCUCUGUUAUCUCUUACAUCGGUGCUCGUGUUACUUUGUAAAAAUUCCGCCGAAAAAGAGUAGACGGUUUCCCUCAGAUGCUCGCGAUUUCUCCCGUGUGUACCUGAACUACGAGAACAGCUUAGGGACUUCUGUCUACCGUGAGCAGUUUGAUUUCAACGCAGAGCCCCCUUGGGAUCCUAGCUGAUAGCUGGAGAGGUCAUCUUCUGACCUGUUCCUUGAUAUCGCUAGGACCCAAGAGCUCUAAGGGCUCUCAUUUAUAGCUGACCGUCAGAUCACGGAUGAGUAUGAAGGGAUCUCUGGAUGAACUGCAUUAUUCUGUUGAGCUGCUGGAGGGAAGCGCAGCUCUGCGAGAUGUGAUCGAUAAACACAUCUAUGAUCAGACUUUUGCACAGAAAAGUGCGUUUUUUGCUGCUGAUCUGGGGGUGAUCGUGCAGCAGCAGGCUCGCUGGAGAAAUAAAAUGGACCAAAUUCGGCCUUUCUACACCGUUAAGAGCAACAGCAGCCCUGUAGUUGUUGAACUGCUGGCUUCUCUCGGAACUGGCUUCAUUUGUUCAAACAAGCAUGAGCUGGACUUGGUUAAGGGCUUUGGCGUCUCAUCUCAGGACAUUAUUCUGGGCGGCACGUGCAAACAGCUCUCCCAUAUCAAAUAUGCAGCCAAACACAACAUCCCGCUCCUGGUUUGUGACAAUGAGGCAGAGAUGAGGAAGAUCGCACGAUGUCAUCCUAAAGCAAAAGUGUUGCUGCUGUUGACGUCGGAGAGCUGCUGUGAGAAAGAGGAGAUGGCCAUACCGUUCGGCUCCACACUGAAGGACUGCAGGCGUCUGCUGGAGUGUGCUGCUGGAGAACUCAAUCUGCAAGUCACUGGAGUCAAAUUCAACAUUCCCAGCUGCUGUCAGGAAGUAGAGAAGUUCUCUCGUGCUGUUUCUGAGGCCCGCUGUGUCUUUGAUAUGGGGGAAGAGCUCGGCUUCGAGAUGAAUAUCCUGGACAUCGGAGGAGGUUUUGAUGGAAGUGAGGAACAGUUAGACAAGGUUAACCAGAUGCUGAAGCCCAUGCUGGACAUGUAUUUUCCUCGGUCGACUGGCUUGUCAAUCAUUGCUGAACCUGGAGCUUAUUACGUUUCUUCUGCCUUCACGCUGGCCGUGAAUAUAAUCGAUAAGAAGACGGUGGCUCGGGACUGCAGUGCACAGCCACACGAUGCACUGUCUGCAAACGAUGAGCCAGAGUUUCUCUACCACAUAAAUGAUGGUGUUUAUGGAUCUUUUGCCAGUAAACUGCUGUGUGAAGAUUCAAUAGCAACACCUUUGGCACACAAACAUGUGAGCGCAGACGAGCCGCUGUUCUCCAGCAGUCUGUGGGGUCCCUCUGAAGAUGAUCUGGAUCUGGUGAUGGAGCGAUGUCUGCUGCCCGAGCUCAGUGUUGGAGACUGGCUGCUGUUCAGAAACGCAGGAGCCAGCGCUCUGGGGUCCGCAUUCAGUCACGGAGACCAACACAAACCGCCCGUCUUCUACAGCAUCACUGAAUACGACUGGCAAGAGAUCCACAAUAGUGGCGUGACUGUGGAUGUGAGGAUGAAGAACUUCUCUCUGGUACCUUGUUGCCUGCAACCAAACAUGUCCGGGGCAUCCAUUUCUACUCCUGCUUAACAAUAAGGCACUCGUUGUCAUUAUGUUGACUGAUUUAAAGCACUUAGAAGCCUGAAAUAUGCUCAGAAGCUUUUUAAGUUGCUUCUCAGAUGUUUUGCUGGGACCAGAGUUGAGGAAGAACAGCUUGAUAGCUGGCACAACUGAUGGAUAUACAGCAAAUAGGUGCGACUAGCUUUAACAACUGGGCCUGUUGGCGUUUAUAAAUAUGCUGAAUUAUAUUUAAGUCUGUUUUAUAAAUGUGUGUAUAUAUACUGUACAUUGCAUAUGAUAUUUGCUCCUACUAAUUGAAUCAAUCAUGUACCCCACAGGGGAAGUUAUUUAUUAGACCUCAAGUCUAGACAUCAUCAGAUGCUUUUGAACAAAUGUGCACGUAAUUUUUUUCUUUUUGUAUUAAGCAGGAUGUUUAGACUGGAUGCUAAUAGGACAUAAUACAGCGGACACUUUAAGCUUUUCUCACGCACAAAUACGCAACUGCAAGUGUCCGCUCUAGUUGUACAUAUUAGCACAUGCUUGCAUUGCAUUUGAAAGUCUGUGUGAAGUUGCUGCAGGCUUCAGGAGAUAUUUCUGCAUGUUGACGUAUUUACAACUGAACUGGAAUAUUGAGUAGGAGGCGGGGUUUUACUUUUGCGCUCCGCCUUUCAUCUUUCCUUCACAGCAAGCUAAUGGAUGGAGGGAGGACGUGGCUAAGCAUAUUUCAACCAAUCAGAGUCAUCAGAGAGGGACUGCUGUUCCUGAGUGGUUGCUCAGGUUUUGAUUAAAGGUUAACAAA